GCAAGCCCGGGCGUGGUUUGUGGCUUGAGGGCACUUUUCAAACCUCUGUACCUUUCCACCUCUGUUUUUAAUACUGUUUUUAGCUAUGUCGCUUUCCAGGGUUUUCAUUUGUAAGCUGCUGAGAGUCACUUAGGCAAGGUGGGCAGUAUAGAAAUUUGAUGAAUAGGUAAAAUAAGGUAAAUAAAUAAUGAAAAGGAUCCAUUCAGGCUUCAGAUCUCUUGAAUCGCCUGUUUCAAUCCGAUUCAGGACUAAUAAGAGGUGAUGAAUCUGUGAACUCCCAAGUCUAGACUGAGCACUCUUGCAAUUCAGCUGUGGCCCUUGCUUAAGUCUGCCAUCUUUUUCUGGUGCACAAAUUUGUCCCACCUGUUUCAAUCUACUGAUUUUCUUUUAAAGUCGUGUUUCAGAAAAUACUGGAGUUUGAUUUUUAAACGAAAAACAGGAGUUCCUGGAGCCUUUAUGAGUUUAAGCCAAGGUCUUAAGGGAAGCGUGUGAACCAUGCCAGAUCAGGCAGAAAGACGCAGACUAAAAUGAGCUGCCAACUUCUCUCUCUGGGGCCGGAUCUUUCUUUGCCAUCCCGUCAUCCUGGCUGAACUUCACCAUUCCCAGACCUCUCCGAAUGUUCCAUCCGGUCCAUUUGGUGUGUGGGUUUCCAGAGAAAUGAGAGGGGAGGGCGCACAGUGCUUCAGUGUGCUCUCUUGCUAUCUCUAUGGAAACCCCAGUCCUGAAUGGGUUUGGACGGAGCGUUGCCAUCUGUUCCGCCCCCUAAUUUUAAGUGAACAUGGCUCAGAUGACAUCAUGUCAAUGUUCCUUUAAUACGCUGAGGAAACCAUCUGGGCCUGUUGUCCCGUACCAAAAGAGAGGAGAAGGGAUGUGGAAAAGAGGUCCAGGGAGACAUCUUGCUUGCAAAUGGAUGACAGAAACUCUUCUGAUGAAAACUUUUUUGUUACCUUUUUUUCAGGCUUCGUUUUGGGGAGGAUUAACCUGGUUUCCUUAACAGAAGCAUCAAGCCUUAAUCCAGGCAAACAUGAAGGCGCUGGUAAACAUGGUUGUUAUCAUUAAGCCUGGAUAAUUGUAGAGUCUGCGCCUUGUCUGCUGUUGCUUAGCCAUGGCACGGAAGCCUGACUGACUGCUGCCACCACCCACUUCCUGGUUCUCAUUUUAGACGGCUGAGCCAAGGGGCCCAUCUCCUUGCAGCCUUUGGUAACUUGCUGCCUUCAAGAUGCCAUCGUUCCAGGCAGUGCAGGAAAAGGGAUUGAUGGAGAGCUCAUCCCAUGCGUGUGAAGGGCACCGUGUAGAAGAAAGCUGCCUUAUUGUGCAGUCUUGGAAUGCUGUUGGCUGCUGGUUUCAUUUUAGAGCCGCCGGAGGACGUCAUCCAGGAGUGAAAACUCUGACUACACCGAGAAGGAAAAGGAGAUGAUGGCAGACAUCGAACUGAGGAAACUGCAGCAACAGUUUUGGAUCAUGGUGGAGAGCCGCAAGUCGCUUGGUUUGAAAACACAGCAACAAUUGUUCCAUCAGGAAAAACACAUCCAUGCCUUGAAACAAGAACAUGAUGAGAUUAAUGCGCUGCUAAGCCUCACCAAUUCACCCCGCAACCUUUUCAUAGAUGACCGGAACUUCAUGGAGCUCAGGUUCCUUCUGCAGACCAAAGACGAGUACGAUGCUCUCAUCAGAGCCACCAAGAAUCUGAUUGCAGAACUGGACGACAAGAUAGAAGAGGUGGAAAAAAAGAUUCAAGCCCAAAAAGUCCUCAUGACGAAGCUGAGGCAGGAGUAUGAUGGGAAGGGGCUUCAGAAGCAAAUCCACAAACUGGAUAACCGUCUCAAUCGUGCCACAGUACAUUUUGACACGAUCUUGACCAGAAACGCCACGCUCCGGGAAGAAAUAGAAACCCUGCAGUGCCAGAAGGCGAUUUUUGAAGGCAUCUACUCACGGCUUUACAAGAAGCUGGAGCAGAAAAAGAGGACCAUGAAUGCAUCCAUUGAGCAGUCAACACAAGCCUACGAGCAGAGAGUUGAAGCUCUGGCAAGGAUCUCUGCCAUAAAUGAACGGCGGUCCAAGGAUAUUGCCCAGUUCAACAUAGAGUUUCGGGAGCUGGAGCGGAUCUAUAACCAUGAGACCAAGCUGAAGGCAUUCAUGCUCAUCAAACUGGUGGAUCGCUGUGAAAUUGAGGAACAGGCCAAAAAGGAAGAAGCGGUCAAGGCCAGGAAGCGGGCCAAGUCGAAAGGGGAGAGCUUCGAGAGCUACGAGGUGGCCUACAUGCGGCUGCUGAAGCUGACGGAGAACGGGGACAUUGAGCAGCUGGUGGAGGACUACCUGGAGAAGGAAGGGAAGAACUUCGCCUACUUCAGCUAUGUCACCGAACUGAACAACGACAUGGAGAGGCUGCAGAAGAGGAUUGAGGUGGUCCAGAAUGAAAUCAGCCAUCUGAAAUCCCAGCAGAAAGCAGCUGAAGAUAUAAUUCAUGGCAAUAUGAAAAGCAUGGAGGAGCAGCUGCAGAAGACCACCGAAAAGAUCAAUCUCUAUGCCUACAAUCUGAAAGAGAGCAGCAAAAUCUUGGACCAGCUGAAAUCCGCCCUGGACUUCCUGUUCAAGAAGAUCGGCUGCGAUGCCACCAAGAUCACGCAGCAUCUGGGCGAGACGGGGGAGAUCACGGAUCAGAAUUUGAUGCAGUAUUUCAGCGUUCUCGAAAAGAAAAGCAAUGACCUUUUGGUGGUUGAAUCCUUCCUGCGCUACAAGGAAGUCGAAGGGGAGCUGGACACCGUCCCAAUGCUGAAUCCCUUUUUGGGCGGGAGUGCUCUGCUGAAGAAAAUGGACACCCUUAAAGUGGCUCCACCUUCUCUCAGCGUGGAUCCCUUUGCAGACAUGGCAGAGCCUACAGAACCGCUAGACCACAAUAACCUGCGAGCCAUGGUCUUGGGGAAUCAGGAGAAGGAAAAAGCCAGAAGCAAUUCCCCCACGGAAAGAUUGGAGAGUGGCAAAGAUAAAAAGAAAGCGUCCCCGGUAUAGAAGCUAAGAUAGAAAUGAGCGGCAGGAUAAGGAACCGUUUUUCUUCACCGGCUGCUUUCAUAUAUUUAGAUUCAUGUAUCUACUUUUAUAUAUACAUAUAUAUACACACACACAGUA